GUAAGCAUGCCCAUUGAAACUUGAAAGUUUAUGCAUAUUACCUGGAAAUUUUUUGUUAUAAGGAUGGGAACAUGCCAUGACGUCAUCCUUGGUAAAGAUAUUGAAUGCGGGAAAUAACCUUUUAGUUAGUGAAUCUCAAGCCUCAAAUUAGUUCUAAACCUAAUUAUCUCACUGCUGCCUUCUACUUGGUAAUCUUCAAAUGAAAAAAAAAAAAAAACGCUCACUUAUUUCACUCUUUUGCUUGAUGCAUACAAAAUUCAGCCUUUUGCGAAGAAGACAAUCAUAGUUACCCGUUUUAGUGACAGAAUUUUAACAUGAAGUGCUAAAUAUUGAUCGCAGAUACUAUGUUCUUCUCAGUGUUCUUAAAGACAAAACUUGGCCCUCUGUUACUUUUUGGGAGCAGCAUACGGUGUUUGAGUAGCUACCUCAAUACAGCAAAGUUUGACUUAACAGACUUGACCUGUCCUCAUACUUGGUACUCCAAUGCUCGGAGAAAGAAGCGCAAUGUAUUUUUGCAUGUAGGCCCCACAAAUAGUGGUAAAACAUAUACUGCUUUAAAGCAACUAGAAGCAAGCUCUUCAGGUGUUUAUUGUGGUCCAUUGAGACUGCUUGCUUGGGAGGUUGCACAAAGACUGAACAAGGCAAAUGUUCCCUGUAAUUUGAUCACUGGACAAGAAAGAGAUGAAAUUGAUGGUGCUAAACAUACUUCUCUAACUGUCGAGAUAGCUGAUGUGACUAGCGAAUACCAGUGUGCUGUUAUUGAUGAAAUACAGAUGGUAGGAUGUAAAUCAAGGGGAUUUGCAUUUACACGUGCAUUAUUAGGGAUUGCUUCUGAUGAGCUUCAUGUUUGUGGAGAUCCAGCAGCGGUUCCACUGAUUCAGAGAAUACUUGAAGUAACUGGCGAUGUGGUCAAGGUUCAGUACUAUCAUAGACUUUCCCCUCUGAUUCCUUUAAAUCAUCCACUUGGAUCCUCUUCCAACAUAAAAACUGGAGACUGUAUAGUGACUUUCUCACGACGCGAGAUAUUUAAGUUGAAGAAAAAAAUAGAAAAAGAAGGAAAACACCUAUGUUCUGUAGUCUAUGGGUCAUUACCGCCAGAAACACGAACCAAGCAGGCUACAAUGUUUAACGAUGAAAGCAGUGAGUUCGAUGUUCUAGUAGCCAGUGAUGCUAUUGGAAUGGGCCUUAAUCUGAAUAUUUCUAGGAUUAUCUUUUCUACGCUAAAAAAAUUUGAUGGUGUUUCUACCCGAGAACUCACGAUACCGGAGAUCAAGCAGAUUGCGGGGAGAGCUGGUAGAUAUGGAUCAAAAUUUCCUGUGGGUGAAGUGACAUGUUUAGAUGCUGAAGAUUUACCAUUGCUUCAUUCAUCAUUAGAGUCAUCUUCUCCUGAUUUGAAGAGAAAGCCAAAUUGUCUCCAGAUUACUUUAUUGCUGACUGCAAACAUAUACUGAAGGUUGCCGCGGUUGUUGAUGAGUUGCCACUUGGACUGCAGGAGAAGUACAUUUUCUGUAUAAGUCCAGUUGACAUGGAUGAUGAUAUUUCAGCCCAGGGUUUGAUACAGUUUGCAGAGAAUUAUGCAAAAAAGGGUAUUGUUCGACUUAAAGAAAUAUUUACUCCUGGGACACUUGAAACUCUCAAAACUCAAGUAGCACUUAAGGAGCUUGAAUCUGUCCACAAGGUCCUUGACCUUUAUGUCUGGUUGAGCUUUCGGAUGGAGGAAUCCUUUCCGGACCGUGAGUUGGCAUCUUCUCAGAAGGAAAUCUGUAGCUUAUUGAUUGAAGAGUUUUUGGAGAGAUUAGGAUGGCGCAUGCGAUGAAAAGCAAGCCAUAACAGGAGCACAACAAAGGCCCGAGUAAUUUAUAUUGAUCCGAAGCCCUGUUGAAGUAUACAUAUCGAGCUACUCCAACUUCUCUGCAGUCAUUGAAUUGUUGAAGCAACUUUGACUUGCAAGCUGAAGAAAGUCAAGCCCCCUACUGAGGUUUUUGUUAUGGAUUUCGGUUGUAUGGAUAACUGUAAAGACCACAGAACUGUUUGUGUGCGAAUAUUGUAGCAUGCUAAUGCUAAACUUAUAAUUCUUUUGAAUUCUUAACACA